AUGCCCGCUAUGCUAGAUGACCCUACUGCGCCGGUCAUAUAUAGGACUUCCGGCGACGUACCAUAUCCUCCGCCUGGUGGCCCGCUGCCAGUGGGCAUUGCACCAUGUCAAGUAAUCCUGCGCGACCGGGUGACAAGCGCAACGAUAAUUCCCUUCUCUGCGCCGAACCAAGUUCCCCUCACAUUACUGGCAUACCUAUGCGAUCAAUUAGGACGCGAGAUUGAAAAGGGCGAUACCUAUCCCAUGGUUGAGCCGCUGACCCUUGAGGCGUUUGGUCCAUACUGGUUCGGUGUCUUUGGUGCCAUUAUGCUGCUGGGUGAGAUCCAGGAUGGCCGAGAACUGCACGAGAUGGCACGGAGAGGCUGCGACUGGGAGAGGGAAUGUCUGGGUAGCUUCUAUAUCAAGCCCAACUACCCGGGACGGUCGAGCCAUGUCUGCAACGGCGGGUUUCUGGUCACAGAUGCGUCGCGAAACCGAGGUGUUGGUCGCUUGAUGGGCGAGACAUACCUAGACUGGGCACCAAAGCUUGGCUAUACAUACUCCGUCUUCAACCUCGUUUACGAAACCAACGUCGCUUCCUGUCGCAUAUGGGACGCCCUCGGAUUCAAGCGCAUCGGUCGUGUGAAGGGUUGUGGAAACCUCAAGUCAUAUCCAGGCGAGCUGGUCGAUGCCAUCAUAUACGGUCGGGAUCUAGGCCAAGAUGACGAGUUUGUAUCUGAGGAGCGCUUCGACAAGAUUCGCUUCUAUCUCAAGAACGGAAAGUACCCCAACGGUGCUGACCGAGCUGAGAAGAGCCGUCUCCGUAGUGCAGCUACUCAUUACAAGCUUACGCCGAGUGAGGGCGACGAACCCGAGAAGCUGUGGCUGAAGGGUAAGGAGGUUAUUGCAGACCCUAAGCAGCAGUACGAGAUUGCUCGCGAGAUCCAUCACAAGCACCAUGGGGGCAUCAAUAAGACUACUGCAGCGAUUGCCGAACUCUACCAUUGGGUUCGCAUAAAGGAGACUGUUAGCCAGGUCAUUCGUAACUGUCCAGAGUGCAGCGAGAUGAACAAAGGCCUGUCAGCUAUGCGCCAGGGUCAAAACCAAGCGCGUGCAGAGGCAAGAUCAGGAUCUAGUUUCCUUUCAUCAAGCGCCACGCAGCCGAAUCUGACACCUACCCCACCGAGCUUGUUUUCACCAACGCAACCACCGCCUCCGUCAGAUUCUCCGAAUAGCCAGUUACAACUCGAGGCCGCACAGCAGCAGGGCACAAUCUAUCCGCAAUACUCUCAAGACAAUGGUUACGACUUGCCUGUUGAUCCCGCGCUGAUGCAAGGCAUGCAACCUGCUGCAGACCUAGCUGAUCUCCCGCCAUCACCUUUUCUCGCAGCUCAGGUUUCAAAUCGUGCUGGCCGCGCAGGUGAACUUGAUCAUCAACGCAUGAGUCUCGACCCAGGUUUAGAUGAGCGGGCACCUACUGCAGGGGAGGAGAUGCGAAGAAGGUUGAAUCGUGUGAGUCAAUACAAGUAA